GACCGCGUGUCACAAAAUUAUUGAUAGAGACAAUUUUUUUGUGAUUAACAGUACUCACUGUAAAGACGUGUUUGGUGUUGUGAUAUUAGUACUCGUGGAUUUGGAGUGUUGAUAAAAAAAAAAUUUUUCAUGCUCUUAUUGCGUCGGAAGGCAAAUAUAGAAUUUGGAAAUUAACCAAUUAACGAAGUGUCUAAUCGUCCGGCAACCGGACGAAUAAUUAUGUAUUAUUCGUCCGAAUAAUUAUUUUGACGGAAUUUCAUCAAUUUCCGAAUGAUAGGACACAGUCUAUUUUUUAAUACGUUUUUUCGCACCCGAUAUAAGCGUCAUCAAGGAAAAGCGUUGAAUUUUAAGAGUGCACGAUACGAUGACGCCGAAUCUUUUUGGGAAUUCGGCGACGCUCUUCCUCGAGGCGUCGCAGCAGGACGUGAGGCAGGAGAAGACGUCGACGGGACAGAAGACAGGAGCGAAGAGCAGCGACCAAACACCAAAGACACAGAAAUCGAAAUAUGAGUGGAACAUCGUCUGGCGAAAUGUCAUAGCUUUUGUGUAUCUUCACGUUGGUGCGCUAUAUGGAUUUUACCUGUUUUUCGCCGGGGCGAAGUUCCUUACGGUGUUAUGGACAAUCCUGAUCGCUGCUACUGCUGCUGUUGGCAUCACUGCUGGGGCGCAUAGAUUAUGGGCUCAUAAGUCCUACAAAGCAAAGUGGCCAAUGAGAAUAAUCCUGAUGGUCUUCCAAACGAUUGCCUUUCAGAAUCAUAUUUACGAGUGGGUGAGGGAUCACAGAGUCCACCAUAAGUUCACUGAUACCGAUGCGGAUCCUCAUAAUGCCAAAAGAGGAUUCUUCUUCUCCCACAUGGGCUGGCUGUUGAUUCGCAAGCAUCCCGACGUCAUCACCAAGGGCGCCACUGUCGAUAUGAGCGACCUCGAGAAAGAUCCUAUUGUUGUUUGGCAAAGAAGGUUAUACAUCAUUCUUAUGCCUCUAUGCUGUUUCCUUGUACCAACGUGGAUUCCUUGUUAUUUUUGGGGCGAAACCGCAAUGUAUUCCUGGUACGCGACUAUCUUUAGAUACACAGCAUCACUCAAUCUUACCUGGUUGGUCAAUUCUGCAGCUCAUAUUUGGGGAACCAAGCCGUACGACAACUCCAUCAGUCCUACGGACAAUAUCAGAAUCGCUAUCGGUGCCUUUGGUGAAGGAUGGCACAAUUAUCAUCACGUCUUUCCAUGGGAUUACAAGGCAGCUGAAUUAGGAAACUACAAAGGAAACUUCACUACAGCGUUCAUCGACGCUUUCGCCUGGCUCGGUUUAGCCUACGACCUCAAAACGGUACCAGUCGAGAUGGUCCAGAAACGCGCAGCAAGAACUGGUGACGGUACAAGGAUUCAACAAGAUGAGCACCAUGGACACACCUACGAAGAUGCUAUAUGGGGAUGGGGCGACGUCGACAUGCAAGAAGAGGACAUUAACGAAGCUCAAAUAAUUAAUAAGGGUGAUUAAAAACGUGACUCCGUAUUAGAGGGUUAAUGUUGCUCUGUGAAGAUGUUUGGAUCUGGGACCGGGUCUAAGUUAGAAUUUCCUAUAAUCAUUAGGCUGAUCAGUUGAAUAUUUAUUGACAUUUACCGAUGACAGUCUAAUGAUGAAACACCGAGUUGCAAUGAUGCCUUAUAUCUUCGCUGUCUCCUUAGAAGAUCCUCAAUGGCGGAAACGUUUAGAGUAUAGCUGAGUUACGCUAGUUCUGGAUAUGUAAAAUUGACUUAUUAUUAAAUUUACAAAUAAAUACUUAGACAUUAUACAAAACGGAGGCAAAUGUAAUUAUUCCGAGGUACAGUCGCGCUCACGUAUUAAUAACGUGAUCGUACCUGAUGUAAACUAUAGUUUUAACCAAGAUUGGAUAGACUGCCCGAUAUAAAUAUGGAACUUGAUUUCCCUCUUUUUUUAAAUAUUUGCCUCGACAAUAUCGAAAUUUUGUAUUUAUAAAUAAAUUAUUGUUACCGACAAUUCAA